GAGCUUUGUCCGCACGAUCCUAGCCCCAAGGCAUCGACACCGUCAACGUCCUCGACAAUAAAAAUCCGAUAAAAUGGGUCGUGUUCGCACCAAAACCACGAAGAGGGCUGCCCGUGUGCUCAUCGAAAAAUACUACCCCCGCCUUACCCUCGACUUCCACACCAACAAGCGCAUCAUCGAUGAAGUUGCCGUGGUUCCCUCUAAGCGCCUCCGGAACAAGGUUUCCGGCUUCACCACCCAUUUGAUGAAGCGUAUUCAGCGCGGGCCCGUCCGCGGUAUCUCGUUCAAGCUCCAGGAGGAAGAGCGCGAGCGAAAGGACAACUAUGUGCCUGAGGUGUCUGCUCUUGACACGAGUGCAACAGGCCUGGAGAUUGACAAGGACACAUCCGAGCUUCUCAAGGCACUGAACUUUGACUCCAUCCCUGUAACCGUUGUACAGACUGUUAUCCAACAACCGGAGCGUCCCCGACGGGAGAGGCGCAACGUCCCUGGCGCUGGGCGGUAAUUAGUAUAUUCCCGGUAUUACACUAGGCUUAUGACAUGCCACGCCAUGUAUACGCAUGCGACUACAAUCAUCCUGGCUCGUUUACCUUUUUCCUAUGCCCAAUUUUGACCAGAGCUCGGGCUGUCAAUCAUUGUACGUUUCUGAAGCAUGCGAUGAGGCCUUAAGAAUCGUGUGCCCCAAGAGUUGUUAAACUACCUGGGUACGGUGUUUACGACUCGCGGAGCGCACUCGCUGUCAGCACUAGUACUGUCACAGACCAGCAUACAGAGGUGCGUUUGCUUGGAGGAAAUCGCCCCUUAGCUACUGCGGA